UCCUCAACAUAAUGGCAACCACAUCAAAAAUCUUACACUUGUUUUGCCUCUUUGUGGUAGUAAACGGUGUAUUUUCAAAAUAUGUCAAAUUUGAUUCAACGGCUAAGUCUGAAGAUAGUGUUAACAGUGAUAAUGUGAAUAAAAUAAAUUUGAGUAGUGAUUUAUAUUGCUAUGAGAUUGAUAAAGUAGUAAUUAGAGACGUGGAAGCUGGAUCAGUGACUUCAGAUGAAAUUAGCUAUCACAAGCGUAUCAAACGAGUUGUUAUAACGGAUGACAAAUGCUCUGAAAACCAUACGAGAUAUAGAGUUAACGAAAAUUUGACCCUAUGCUUGGAUAACAUGUAUGAAAACUGAAGCAAAACUAAUCGAUCACAAUUCACGACGCUGCCUGCAUUGACAAAAACGGACUAGUUGUUAUUUUAUAUAUUUAGUUAUUUGGAAAAUUAACGAUGAUAAUGAAGUUAUGUGAAAGAAGACAUUGGAUGAUUUCCCCCCUCAAAAAAAAGG